AUGGAUUCGGGGUCUGAAUCAUACGAGAAAACUGGCGGAAAGCCUUCAAAGGACAUCCUUGAGCCCGCCGUCCUCUUUUUAUCAGGUCAAUCUGUCCUCACUGAGGCUGCAACUCCAACGCCGCUUUACCAAUUGAAGAGUGACAUUACGUCAAUCUCGAACAAGAACUCCUCCGUGCUACUUGAAAGAGUCGAGCACGAUGUACCUGAGCUCGAGAGUGAGAACGAGGGCGUCAUUUCUGGCACGCCGCGAAAGCCACACUUUUUCUACCUCGUGCACCCUGUGAAUGCGCAGUACCGGACCGACAUACCUGCCAGGUACUACAUCACUUCUGCGGUCCCGGAGAUGGUGGGCAAUAUUCGCCUCGAGACUUCUGAGGCACGUUUUCAACGGACUUCCUUCAAAGCGAUGUUGAGCCCCAGAAAAACCGCCUCAGAUAAGCCAUUAUUCGGCGAGGGCACACAACAAGUCCUAUUGUUUGAUAUCCAGCCAGAUCGGAAAGUCGGUCGCAAUUGCUAUAAGUGGAGCGAUUCCAAUGGCAGGCAGGUCGCUAUUGAAGAAAAAGAGAAUGACGGAUAUAAAUUAAGCAUUACGAGGAGUAUGCCGCAGGAGUUGAGGGAUGCAGUGGUCGCUACAUGGCUGUUAAGGCUGUGGCACGACACAGCCGAGAGUAAACAAGCUAAAAGGGAAUUCUUUGAAAGCAUGACAUCACCAGAAGCAUAUCAAGAAAGCAUGAAGCCAUAUAUGCCAAAGCAGUGCAUAAUUAUGUGA